GCAUGUGAUGACGCAAAAGUGGUUGUAUUGUAUUGAUAUUUUUUUAUUUUGCGUUGUUUAGUUGAUUAAAGAACAGUUUCUGAUGAUUGGCGUUGUUCUACAAGACUAUUUACAAUUUCUCUGAACUUUAAAGCUUUUGUAAACUUCUGUCAAUUUUUCCAUCAUGGGUCGCCUCAUGUUUAUCAUUACUUUUAUGUACAUUUACAAAAGUGUUUGGUGUUCCCUUGACGUGUCACUUGUAAACGAUGGUCCAGCCGUUCGUGGGUCGAAUAUAACAUUCACUGCAAGAGUAAAAGGAUACAGUGGAGAAAAUCUUAAGUAUGUAUUUUGUGAUGAUGUACAACCUCAACAUGAACAAGAGUUUCAAUUAUCAACAAACAAAUCAAAGUGGACAGUGGAGUAUCCUAAAGAGUUGUAUGAAGCAGGAGAAUAUGUAAUGAGAGUGAAGUUGAUGAAAAGUUUUUAUGGUAUUUGGUAUUUUGUUACAUCAGCGAGUUCCACAUUCAGGUUGACAGAUUCAUUAAAUGGGAAUUUAGUGUUAAAUCAAGACAAUCUCGAGCGGCCAAAUAAUUUUGUGGCCGUCAAUAAAACUGUACUGCAUUAUAUAAAACUGCCAGAUAACGAAAUGGAGUAUUUAAAAAAUAAUGCAUCUACAAUUAUUACAUAUUGGUUUAUAGAUUGUAUUUAUAUAGACCAAACUACGGAUCUAUCAUUAAAUUAUACAUACCAUGAUUUAAUGGCUGAUCACUAUAUUGAUGCAUUGGUUGUUGCAAACAAUUUACCAUUGCCUCCAGUAACAACAACAACAACCACUACUACAACUACAACAACAACAACAACUACAACAACAACAACAACAACCACAACAACGACACCCAAACCGCCAACAACAACAAAUGAUACAACACCAACUACUACUAGUAUUAAACCAAAACAACUGGAAACAACUGAAAGUUCACCCAUCCAUAAAAUGGUUAAACGUAUGAUCUCCAAUAGAACAACUAUGAAGAGAAAUAAUUCAACGAAAGACUAUAUCUGUCACAACUCCAGUAUUGUUCCAAUUGGUAAAUCAUACACAUAUGGUCACUAUCAAGAAACUAUAAGUGUAAGAGAACCAAUCUCAACUGUUAAUAUAACUGGUCUCAACUGGCUACAGCACGGUGAUUUACUUAACUUGCAAGUAAAGUACACAGGCUCUCCACCUUUUGCCUAUUGUGCGUUAUACAAAGAAGGGCAAUAUAAUAUAACGGGAAACGAGACAUGCGUUUACAAAUCAUCAACCCUUACUAACGCAUUCCCUCUAGUCCACUAUUUCUCGGAUUGUGAUCAGCAUACAGUUGUGGUUGUCGUCGAGAAUGAUAUGGGCAAGACUGUUUCAAGGGCAACAAUCAAUAUUUAUAAAGCUACUGUCCAUGCCCAAUUAUCGGUAAUAGUUGUGCCUGUGGUAUUCUGCUUGGUGGCUGUUAUUUUGGUAGUUUUCGGUAUCGCCUACUACCAACAUCGAUCAAGAUAUACAAUAGAAGUGGCUGACUUUGAAUUCGGUCAGCAAGCUCACUUAGAUUAUAAAACGUUCACGGAGAGACUUAGAGAUAGUUUUAGGAGUGCAUUCGACUUUAGGCAGAGAGAUGAUAAUGACCCGCUCACUUCUGACACCAGAUAUGAUUCUAUGUAGGUAUUGAACGAAUGAUAUGUACUGAAUGAUGAAUGAUUAUUGUAUUUAGUGAAUGAAAAUAAUAAUAUUAAUGUUUGAUUAUUAAUUAUAAUCCGAUGCAUUCAAAUCGAUUUAUAGCUUUAAUAAAUUCAAUUAAUUUUGAGUUUUAUAUUAAUUGAAAAUGUUAGAAAAUUUCGAUAAUAAUUAUAAUCUAAGUAUUUGAUAAUCGUAAAUAAAAAGACCCAGUAAAUUUGAUUCGAACAUUACCGAUGUCUAAAACGCAUAAAACUACAGCUUAGUAUACCUUAUUACUUGCAAUUUUAUACUUGUUUUUUUUUAUUUUUUUUAGGGUUCUUUAUAUUGUUUACGUCAUUAAAAAUUUGUCUAGAAAUUAAUGUUAUGAAAUAAUCUAUGGCCGAUUAGUAUUAAUAAGGGUUUUUUUUUUUUAAAUUUUAAAUUAGUUAAAUUGGGAUCACAAUUGUAAAUUCAUUUUAAAUCAUUCCUAAUGCGUGUUUUGAAUGAAAUGUGAUGUAUUAUAUGUAUAUUGAUGAUGUUAUAUAGUUUAAAACAGUGGUUCCCAAACUUAUUUUGUCUACUGCCCACUUUGAGAAUAAAUAUUUUUUAGCGCCCCUAUAUUUUCACAUGUUUAAAAACCAAUAUAACUUCAAAUUAAAUUAAUUAAUUAUUGUGACCUAUAUAUGUAUAUUAAUGGAAAAUUCUAAACGAAACUUUUACUAUAACCCGCAACUUGCAGCGCCCACAAGGGGGCGUUAUCGCGCACUUUGGGAAAGACUGGUUUAAAAUAAAAGUGGAAAAGAAAUUAAUAGACAGGACAAUUCGUAAACAAGAUAUAAAAAUUGUUCGUAGUUGUAGUCUGUAUAAAUAUUUUAUCUGUACCCACUUUUGUAAUUUUCCAAGCCAUCUGUUCAAUAAAUAUUAAAUAAGAUUACGUAAUGUAAGCAUUUGGUCACUGCGUCUCGUGUAAGCCUGCGAAUCGUACAUAACUAGAAAAACUACACAGAUAAAAUAGUACAGGAUUGACUGCUUAUAAUAGAAAAAAAAAACAUUGAUCCGAUCCCUUGUCGUUUUUGUCCGACAAUUAUCAGACUAACCGUUGGUUUCUGGACCAAUAUCUCUGUACGAAAUAUAUGGUCAUCCCUGUCAUUAUCUUUGACAACACAGAGAUAACAAUAUGUUUUAAACGGCGAUUUACGGCUCAGAAACCCACGGUAAGUAUAGUUGGUGAUUGUUGGCAGAUUGUGAAUGGAUGGAAUUAUAAAUAGGUGUGUUAAUCUUGUGGGUGACAUUCUUGGAAGUUGGAUUCUCGUAUGCAAAGAUGUAUGGUUUGUGAUAAUCUUGUACUUGUCCUAAAAUAUAGUAUUUUUAAUGCUUUAUUAUAUCUGCUAAUAAUAAAAUAUAUAGUUAUUUAUAUCCCUAAUGUUAUCUUUAAUACUUAAAUAUAUUGCCAAAGCUAAAGUCCAAUUUAAAAUCGCAUUUUGUUCCAUUAUAUUAAUAAUUUUCAAAUCCCGGUAAAACAUAUUAACGUUUGGUUAAAUUAUUUUUUUAAUUAAUAUAAGGGUUUCUACAGACUGAAUGCACUCUAAAUUAUGUAUUAGUUUUUUUUAUUGUACAAUGUUUGUUUCGUGUCGAGAUAAAGUGUCUUGUUAUUUUUUUUGUAACGGUGAUAUUAACCCGCAUUUGAUUUGGCACGUCGAUAGUAAGAAAACUCUUUAAGGCGACGUGCCAAUUCAAAUGGCGGAUACUAUUUUGUUUUAUACUUAUUAUUACAAUUCUUUAUAAUUAAUGUACUAGUUUCUUUUGCAUGUUUCGUCCAUUACCCUAUGUUUAGAUCGACAAAAUGUUAAAAAGUGAUUGUCAGUCAUGUUUUGUGAUAUUCUAGGUUAAUUUAAAACAUUUAUUUAUAGUUUAUGAUAGUCAUAGUUUUACGAUAUUCUCGUAGUUUAGAAGCGUGGCACGGCGUUGCUUUCAAACAUUUAAAAUUAAAUAAAAAUGUUCAUAAUGCCGUGUUUACAUUAUUCCAGUCCAGCGAUAAUAUCUAGCGCUAUACCUGGAAAAUUGUAAAUGCUCAACGGAAAUCAUUGUGGAGGUGGCAGUGUUUAUCUACAUUUUUAAAGUUAUAAUCCAGCGCUGGCUUCUAAGCUGGACUGGAAUAAUGUAAACUGGGCAUACAGGAUUAGCUGAAAAUUGUAUUGACUUGUAUAAAGAUUGCUUAGGUUAUGAAUUGUUAUAUUUAAAAUCCGCUUUAAUGAUAUGAGCUAUAAGUAAUAUAAUGUGCCAAUCUUCUAAAUUACAGAAUAAAUUAUUGAUUGUAG